AUGGGGGGAGAAAGAGCCAUGGUAGCUGUUGAAGGCUCAACACUAGAGGAAACUAUUGGGCCCUCUCGUGAGGAACCUGACCCCUCUUCGGAGGAAACAGGUCAGGGUUCUCACUCCCAGGCCAGUUCUGCUCCUGCUUUUGUUGUUGAUCCCUUGAACAUUCAAGUCCCUGAGAUGAGUUCUAGUGAUGAGGAAGAUCAAGACAACAUUCCUCUUGAUGCAUUCAUAGCCAAGCGAAGGGUGGUGUCAUAUCCUGAGUCUUCUACUAAGCGAUCUACUACUAGGUUGCAAGCAAAGGUAGCCUAUGACUCUUCCCUUCAAAAUAGCAGAAAAACCAGUAAGAAAAAAAAGAGGAGACUGGUGAAAGACAAUGUAAUAGUGUGUGAUAAGGUUGUCCCUGUGGAGAGGGUUGAGGAGGAAAUAACAGAGGAACCUAGUUCCCUGGUACGAAGGUCCCACAAGAAGAAGCAAUCUGCUUCAGUAGACAAUGUUACAACCCCCAAUUCAAAGUUGAAGGAUGUUGUGAGUGAGCCCUCAAUUUCUGAUGAGGAUGUGUUAGUCAAGUCUAAGGGAAAAGCAAAAUCAAAUGGUAUGAAGUCUGGCAAAAGAAAGCUUGAACCUGUUAAGGAACCUGUUUCUACGAAGAAGAUGAGAAGUGAAACCAGUUCUGCUUCAAAACUCUUAAGGCACCAAAAAGUUCGUCGUACUUUUGACCCAGCAAAUUGGGAUAUGGCUGGCAUGAGACAAGUCCUGGCAAUGGUCGAGUUUCAAUGGUAG